UCAUUGCUGCAGGCACUGGAUCAGGCCACUCAAAACUCUCAAGGAGUCCACUACAAGCUCUCAGUGGCUGACAAGCAAAUCUCCAACCUUGAACAACGUCUGAAAUGCAAAGACCUGGAAAUUGAUGAUUACAAAGACAAGCUUACAGCCGCAAAUGAGAAGCUGUUUAUCUGUGAGGCAAAUUCUCUGAAAAAGGAUCAUGAAAUGAUCCGCCUACAGGACCUUGUCGAGUGAGUCAAUUUGAUCAGCUUAAAACUAUUUCUAUUGGUUUUUUUUUUACUAAGUUCAAGCAUGUUAAAAGAUUUCAUUAUCAUGGCUUGAAUACAUACAUUCACCGUACUGGUGAAAAGAAAUAACAUCACUCCAACGUUCUAAUUUAAAUCAAACUGGAACAGAUCAACUGAUUUAAGCUCUAAAUUUGGUUUACCACAUUAAGAUGUUAAGAAAACACAGUAAAUACAUUUUUACCUCUACAAUUUUUUGUACCCACAGCCAUUCUCAUCAAAAGUUUUAAAAGAUUUCAUUAUCAUGGCUUGAAUACAUACAUUCACCGUACUGGUGAAAAGAAAUAACAUCACUCCAACGUUCUAAUUUAAAUCAAACUGGAACAGAUCAACUGAUUUAAGCUCUAAAUUUGGUUUACCACAUUAAGAUGUUAAGAAAACACAGUAAAUACAUUUUUACCUCUACAAUUUUUUGUACCCACAGCCAUUCUCAUCAAAAGUUUUAAAAGAUUUCAUUAUCAUGGCUUGAAUACAUACAUUCACCGUACUGGUGAAAAGAAAUAACAUCACUCCAACGUUCUAAUUUAAAUCAAACUGGAACAGAUCAACUGAUUUAAGCUCUAAAUUUGGUUUACCACAUUAAGAUGUUAAGAAAACACAGUAAAUACAUUUUUACCUCUACAAUUUUUUGUACCCACAGCCAUUCUCAUCAAAAGUUUUAAAAGAUUUCAUUAUCAUGGCUUGAAUACAUACAUUCACCGUACUGGUGAAAAGAAAUAACAUCACUCCAACGUUCUAAUUUAAAUCAAACUGGAACAGAUCAACUGAUUUAAGCUCUAAAUUUGGUUAACCACAUUAAGAUGUUAAGAAAACACAGUAAAUACAUUUUUACCUCUACAAUUUUUUGUACCCACAGCCAUUCUCAUCAAAAGUGUUAGUAAGAUUCAGCCACUUAUGAACGGGGGAGGGGUGUGUGUGUGGGGGGGGGGGGAGAAAUCUAUAUUAUUGUGUUGGUAAAGGUAAGCUGUUGGUUGGCCAAUGGUUACUUCAUCAAGAUGUUGUUAAUUUAUACUUCAUUCAUUUUUUUUUUGUAUAUAGCUCACUUAGGAUUGGAGUUGAUCAUGUUCUCCAAGCUUAUGAGGCCAGCGCAAGUCAUGGAACUACUAGCACACAAAGGCAAGGUAUAGAUAACCUCAGACAGAUGGUUCACCCAGAGCAAUACGGGUGAGCAGAAACACAUGUGCAAUGUUGGCAAUUUUAAAGUUGUAGUUCUAGAACAGACAAUUAUAGUGAUCACCAUGCGUGUGGGUGGGGUGGGGUGGGGGCAUAACAGUAAUGUAAAAGAUAUUUAGAUUUAAAAAAAACAUUUAUAAUAUUGUUAGCUUAUUACUUAAUAAUGAAUAUUGAAAAUGAGACAAUUCCUAGAAAAUAAGUUUAUUAUUUUAUGUUUCUUUCCACGAUGACAUUCGAUGCUGAUAUCACAAUACGACGUUAGACUUUGCUUUAGACAUGUAAGACUCUGUAGAAAGUCAAAGAUUUAAAGAAAUCCUUGUAUUUAUUUUUAAGUAAUCUCUUCAAUAAUAAGAUAAAUUGUCGAAAAUUGCCUUCUCAAACAGUUCUUUUGGCAGCAUGAAGUCGAACUACCAGGAUCACCAUAUGAGAGAUGAUCAAAGAUCUGCAACAUUUAAGCAACCACAACCAAAAGGUUUCAAAGGGCCUGCAACAUCAAAGAAAAAUUCUAAAGUCAAACUUCCAAUCAAGCCACAGCCAAUUUAUCCCAAAUCUGCUAGAGGUCAGAAAAAUUCUCAAGAAAUAGGGAAGAAAGACAGAAGCCAGAAGAAAGAACAGUGUUGCGGGUCUACAUCAAGAGAUGAGAAAAAGAGAGGUUUGUAG